GGUUUCACGCCUUGGCUGACCGUUCGAUUGGUGAGGGUGACCCUGCGUGGAACCUUUUUGGCAGCAAUGAGGCCGACUUCGCCCAGCGCAAGCCAUGCUUUUUGGAACUGGGUCGCCUGUUGGUGCGCAUCCUUGAACUCGAUGUACUCUGUCACCGGCUAGAAAGUCAGCGGCAGCAAUUGCUGCUAAAGCUGAAGGAUCACCCGGAGUCGUGCGUGCAGGAGCAGCGGGUGGCGCUGGAGAGCCUUGUUUUUGAGAGCGGCAUUGAGGCAGAUCUUUGGCAAACGUUUUCUGGUCUCCUUACCGUAGGCCAGGGGCGGGGUCCGACGCAAGUGAUAAAAGGUCUCGGUCUUGAGGACGCAUUUGAGGAGUACACUAUUACUGGACUGCAGUACCAAGAGAACCUGCUUGCUAAUGCGCCAGUUCACGUGUGUCAGUCGCCGCAAUCGAUGCCACUGAUGGAUUGGGCACGCCAAGUUGGUGCCACCGCUCGUUCCCCGCGCUCUGCUGAGGCCGUAUUAUUUCUUUUUAACCAGGCCAUUGUUGAGCAGUUUUCAAAACUGCCUAUCCUUCGAAAGCGUUUAUUUGACGUAUUUUGUGCGGAGGGGGACCUUAUUGUGACGUACAAACUCUGUGAAAGGAGGGACGAUGUGUAUCCAUUGGCCACUUUUUUUGUAGAGCACCCGCGGCACUAUCUGGAUUUACUGGAGCGUGAGCGGCAAGGCACAGUGGCACUCUACUAUGUUUUGAGUGAGGAACUAGUCUGCCGUGAGAUGAAUCUACGCCAACUGUAUGAUCGCUCCCCUGCCGCGGACGAGUGGUUUUUAGAACGAGAGCGGGCAAUGGAGCUUUUGUUGGUGCGACUAAUAGAUGGUCUUAUACCAAAGGUGAAGGCCGAGCUCAGCCAGUUUGCACAGCAGUUUGUGCAAACACAGGCUAUGGAGCGUCUUGGCCUUAUUUGUGCACAAGGCCCAUAUGAGCCCACAAGACUUUGUCUUGAGGUCUACGAUGACGAUGCCCUCACGUGGGAACCGGAGUGGAAUGUGGUCGAAGCCCUCCCAUUGAAGCAAUUGCACGUCAAUGGUUACAAAACGCUUAGACGCGUGUGUGCCGCCUACCGCGGUGAUAGCGGCCUAACACAUAUAAGCUUUAUUGAUGAGUCUGGUUCGUUUAUUGGUUCUACACGUUGGGAGAACCCUGCAUGGAGUUCUGAGACUGGCCGAGCAGCCGAUUUGAUGCAGCAGAACCAACUUGAGAAACUCUGUGCAAGGUGCAGCCCUAGUGUAAUUGUCGUCGGGGCUUCCAACAUGGCGUCCCUCUCAUUAAUGCGCUCUUUGUUAAAAUUUCUGCGGGGGCGCGUGUACGCGGCGUUUCAUGUACACAUUCCUAUUGUUUGGGCUCCGGUGGAGGUGGCGCGUUUGUACAGCAGCACAACUUUUGCGGAACUUGAGAUUCCUGGGGCUGACUCUCUUGCCCGCACGUCUUUGGCCUUGGCGCGUUACGUACAAGAUCCUCUUCAUGCUAUUUGCGUUCUUUUUGACAAGGAAAGGACGGCACUACGUCUUUCCCUUGGUGCUACAGUGUAUGUAACGGGUGAGCAAGAGGAUCAAUUGUACGCGCGGCUCUGUUGGGAAAUGAGCUUGUGGGUUACUGCAUGCGGAGUCUGGGUGGAGGACUGCGUUACUCGACCGACAAGCGUGGCGUCUUUGCAGUUUUUGGCGGGGUUUGGUCCAUCAAGGGCUCGCAAACUGCACCAACUGCUAACGUUGCGUCGCCCGAAUAGUCGUGAGGAGUGCGGCCAGCUCAUUAAAGAGUAUUUUGGUGCAUAUGUUUCCCAUAAUGCGAUUUCAUCUUUGCGUUUUGGGCCCCCAAGUGAUGCUUCUACUGACAAUGGAGGAUCUUUUUCCCGGUGGCAUCUUCUUGAUCAGACGUUGAUACCACGAGAGUGGUACAGUGCUGCGGCAUUUGUUGCAAGUGCGGCGCUUAAAGGUGUCCCUUCCAGACUUGUUGCACUUGUAGAAUUUAUGCGGCUGGAGGCGUCAGAAAAGCGUGAUCGGAUCGACCGUCAUGCCCAUCAGCGGAAGAUGAUUACUGCCAUUCGCGAGGCCCGUCGCCCUGAGUGGGAUUCGUUGUUGGGUGAAAGAGAGGUGGAGUUCCUGCAGGAAGAGAUGAUAACAGUGGGUCAGUCUUUCCUGCGACGGCCAUAUCGGCGGCUGUCGGACAGGGAACUUAUGUCAUUUGUGACGGGCAUCGUGUACUGCACACAAUCCAGCGCGUAUUCCGAUACUCGCUCGGUUGACACACGCUCCCUAGUCAUUUGUGAAGGGGAUUACGUGAUGGGGACGGUGCAAGGCGUUCGUGGGGGUGUGGCUGUCCCGGGUAUUCGUGUUUCGACAUCAUUUGGGUUGGGCGCCUUUAUCGCUGCAGAAGAUAUUGACGAUGAGACAAUGAGGCAGGAUGUGCUCCUGUAUGAACAAUCCGUGCGUGAGAAUGCUGGCAUGCCGCAACCUCCAUCAAACUUGACACCUCCAACUUGGUUGCGUCGUGGUGUGCCCAUUCAGGGCAUUGUCUUUGGUUGCAAUUGGGAGCGCUGUGAGUUACGCCUGCGGUGGUGUCGACCACGUGACACCAUUUCUAAUGGGAAUCGCGGUAAUGCGGAACAAGGCGGCAAGGACGGUGUGGACAGCGAUAACCACUACUUGUCCUAUGCCACAUGUGUUAACGAUGCGAUUAGCAGCGCGAAUUCUCUCCGUACGGUGCGGAUGAAUAUUGACGCCCGUGUCUUUGCAACGAAGAUAUCGCGCCAUCCGCUGUUUCGCGACACCACCAGCGCCACAGCACAAACAUAUCUUCACGACAAACGGAUUGGGGAGGUGAUUCUUCGUCCGGCGACUGGAAGGCGCAACAAGGCCAUUGCGGUGGUGAAGAUUGGUGAACGGUCAACGUGCAACUGGCUUAUCAGUGAGGAACGACGUCCCAACGGUGCCAUUUACUACCGCCUGAAGGACAAAUUGACGGGACGCGAGGUGGAGUUUGGUGAUGUAGAUGAGUUUCUGAAUAAUUUCAUCGCUCCGAUGGUUGCUCUUGUGCGGAGCAUCCGCAGCCACCGACGGUUUGUUGAAAGCGCACGCGAUGUACAAGAUGCGCUGGAUGCUCAGCGUCAGAGUGGUCUUGGCUUUACAUAUGUCUUUGCUGAGGUUAGCCAACAAUCCAGACCUCCAUUUUAUCGCGUUUUUACGCGCGGCGGUGUGACGGAGCGGAACUUUUACCUUCACAUUGAUGAAAGCAGCAUUUAUGUGCGUGUUCCCAUACGGCGCAGCGGCGGACGGGGCGGUAUUGACCUCAGAUGGGUGAGGUGCCGCAACGCGGAGCACGUCAGCGAGGUCGUGAAGGGCUUGGCGCGGCCUUCCUAA